AUCAACUUCCUAUUUUAUAAUGUGGACUUAGGCUCUUCCCGAUGCCUACAUGAAUCCCUCCCACUACUUCACCACAGAACUCUCCGCCCUCCUCAGCCGCCAGCGACACCGCAUUACUUGGUGCAAGAAAAUGCGCCAUCCCGGUCACACUGCGCAGGCGUCGUUGCCGCCUCCCUACUGCUUUGUUGCCCCGCCCCUUUCACCUCCCCCCCGCCCCCGCCCCGGUGCACGCAGGCGCAGGGCAUUGCGGGCCUUGCAGUUCUCGCGGACGAGGAUUUGCGCGUUGGCCCCAGAGGCCGGACUUCAUUUCCCAGAAAGCCUUGAGGCGUAACUUUCUGUUUCCAUAGAACUGGUGGGAAAAUGGCGUCGUUGUUUGUAUCCAGGGACCAAUAGGAACAGUGUAUAGGCGGGUUCUAAAGAACUUUAACCAAUCCAAGGUCGUCUAAGAGGCCAUCCGGGAAAGAGGUAGGGGAGGGGGGGAAAAAAAAUCUAGGGGAGGGGAGAAAGGAGGGGGGAACCUAGAGUCGGUGGGGGGGAAGCGAUGUUUGCCCGUCAGUCGAGUCCGGAGUGAGGAGCUCGGUCGCCGAAGCGGAGGGAGACUCUUGAGCUUCAGCUUGCCGCCGCCACGGCCACCGCCUGGACCUUUGCCCGGAGGGAGCUGCAGAGGGUCCAUCGCCGCCGUCCUCUGGAGGGCAGCGCGAUUGGGGGCCCGGACCUCCAGUCCGGGGGGGAUUUUUCGUCGUCCCCCUCCCCCCAGCCAGGGAACCCGAGCGGCCGCCAAACAAAGGUACCAGUCGCCGCCGCGGGAGGAGGAGGAGCCGGAGCCUCUGCCUCAGCAGCCACUGGACCCGCCGCCCUUCUUCCCCAUCUCUCCCCCGGGCCUGCUGGUUUUGGGGGGGAGAAGGAGAGAGGGGACUCUGGACGUGCCAGGGUCAGAUCUCGCCUCCGAGGAAGGUGCAGCUGAACCUGGUGUUUUAGAAGAUACCUUGGUCCCAGAGUCAUCAUGAAGGCCCUUGAUGAGCCUCCCUAUUUGACAGUGGGCACUGAUGUGAGUGCUAAAUACAGAGGAGCCUUUUGUGAAGCCAAGAUCAAGACAGCAAAAAGACUUGUCAAAGUCAAGGUGACAUUUAGACAUGAUUCUUCAACAGUGGAAGUUCAGGAUGACCACAUAAAGGGCCCACUAAAGGUAGGAGCUAUUGUGGAAGUGAAGAAUCUUGAUGGUGCGUAUCAGGAAGCUGUUAUCAAUAAACUAACAGAUGCGAGUUGGUACACCGUAGUUUUUGAUGAUGGAGAUGAGAAGACACUGAGACGAUCUUCACUGUGCCUGAAAGGAGAGAGGCAUUUUGCUGAAAGUGAAACAUUAGACCAGCUCCCACUCACCAACCCUGAGCAUUUUGGCACUCCAGUCAUAGGAAAGAAAACAAAUAGAGGAAGAAGAUCUAAUCAUAUACCAGAGGAAGAGUCUUCAUCAUCCUCCAGUGAUGAAGAUGAGGAUGAUAGGAAACAGAUUGAUGAGCUACUAGGCAAAGUUGUAUGUGUAGAUUACAUUAGUUUGGAUAAAAAGAAAGCACUGUGGUUUCCUGCAUUGGUGGUUUGUCCUGAUUGUAGUGAUGAGAUUGCUGUAAAAAAGGACAAUAUUCUUGUUCGAUCUUUCAAAGAUGGAAAAUUUACUUCAGUUCCAAGAAAAGAUGUCCAUGAAAUUACUAGUGACACUGCACCAAAGCCUGAUGCUGUUUUAAAGCAAGCCUUUGAACAGGCACUUGAAUUUCAUAAAAGUAGAACUAUUCCUGCUAACUGGAAGACUGAAUUGAAAGAAGAUAGCUCUAGCAGUGAAGCAGAGGAAGAAGAGGAGGAGGAAGAUGAUGAAAAAGAAAAGGAGGAUAAUAGCAGUGAAGAAGAGGAAGAAAUAGAACCAUUUCCAGAAGAAAGGGAGAACUUUCUUCAGCAAUUGUACAAAUUUAUGGAAGAUAGAGGUACACCUAUUAACAAACGACCUGUACUUGGAUAUCGAAAUUUGAAUCUCUUUAAGUUAUUCAGACUUGUACACAAACUUGGAGGAUUUGAUAAUAUUGAAAGUGGAGCUGUUUGGAAGCAAGUCUACCAAGAUCUUGGAAUCCCUGUCUUAAAUUCAGCUGCAGGAUACAAUGUUAAAUGUGCUUAUAAAAAAUACUUAUAUGGUUUUGAGGAGUACUGUAGAUCAGCCAACAUUGAAUUUCAGAUGGCAUUGCCAGAGAAAGUUGUUAACAAGCAAUGUAAGGAGUGUGAAAAUGUAAAAGAAGUAAAAGUUAAGGAGGAAAAUGAAACAGAGAUCAAAGAAAUAAAGAUGGAGGAGGAGAAGAAUAUAAUACCAAAAGAAGAAAAGCCUAUUGAGGAUGAAAUUGAAAGAAAAGAAAAUAUUAAGCCUUCUCUGGGAAGUAAAAAGAAUUUAUUAGAAUCUAUACCUACACAUUCUGAUCAGGAAAAAGAAGUUAACAUUAAAAAACCAGAAGAAAAUGAAAAUCUGGACGACAAAGAUGAUGACACAACUAGGAUAGAUGAAUCCCUCAACAUAAAGGUAGAAGCUGAGGAAGAAAAAGCAAAAUCUGGAGAUGAAACGAAUAAAGAAGAAGAUGAAGAUGAUGAAGAAGCAGAAGAGGAGGAGGAGGAGGAAGAAGAAGAAGAGGAUGAAGAUGAUGAUGACAACAAUGAGGAAGAGGAGUUUGAAUGCUAUCCACCAGGCAUGAAAGUCCAAGUGCGGUAUGGACGAGGGAAAAAUCAAAAAAUGUAUGAAGCUAGUAUUAAAGAUUCUGAUGUCGAAGGUGGAGAGGUCCUUUACUUGGUGCAUUACUGCGGAUGGAAUGUGAGAUACGACGAAUGGAUUAAAGCAGAUAAAAUAGUAAGACCUGCUGAUAAAAACGUGCCAAAGAUAAAACAUCGGAAGAAAAUAAAGAAUAAAUUAGACAAAGAAAAAGACAAAGAUGAAAAAUACUCUCCAAAAAACUGUAAACUUCGGCGCUUGUCCAAACCACCAUUUCAGACAAAUCCAUCUCCUGAAAUGGUGUCCAAACUGGAUCUCACUGAUGCCAAAAACUCUGAUACUGCUCAUGUUAAGUCCAUAGAAAUCACUUCAAUCCUCAAUGGACUUCAAGCUUCUGAAAGUUCUGCUGAAGACAGUGAGCAGGAAGAUGAGAGAGGUGCUCAAGACAUGGAUAAUAAUGGCAAAGAGGAAUCUAAGAUUGAUCAUUUGACCAACAACAGAAAUGAUCUUAUUUCAAAGGAGGAACAGAACAGUUCAUCUUUGCUAGAAGAAAACAAAGUUCAUGCAGAUUUGGUAAUAUCCAAACCAGUGUCAAAAUCUCCAGAAAGAUUAAGGAAAGAUAUAGAAGUAUUAUCUGAAGAUACUGAUUAUGAAGAAGAUGAAGUCACAAAAAAGAGAAAGGAUGUCAAGAAGGACACAACAGAUAAAUCUUCAAAACCACAAAUAAAACGUGGUAAAAGAAGGUAUUGCAAUACAGAAGAGUGUCUAAAAACUGGAUCACCUGGCAAAAAGGAAGAGAAGGCCAAGAACAAAGAAUCACUUUGCAUGGAAAACAGUAGCAACAGCUCUUCAGAUGAAGAUGAAGAAGAAAAAUCAAAAGCAAAGAUGACACCAACUAAGAAAUACAAUGGUUUGGAGGAAAAAAGAAAAUCUCUACGGACAACUGGUUUCUAUUCAGGAUUUUCAGAAGUGGCAGAAAAAAGGAUUAAACUUUUAAAUAACUCUGAUGAAAGACUUCAAAACAGCAGGGCCAAAGAUCGAAAAGAUGUCUGGUCAAGUAUUCAGGGACAGUGGCCUAAAAAAACGCUGAAAGAGCUUUUUUCAGACUCUGAUACUGAGGCUGCAGCUUCCCCACCGCAUCCUGCCCCAGAGGAGGGGGUGGCAGAGGAGUCACUACAGACUGUGGCUGAAGAGGAGAGUUGUUCACCCAGUGUAGAAAUAGAAAAACCACCUCCAGUCAAUGUCGAUAGUAAAUCCAUUGAAGAAAAAACAGUAGAGGUCAAUGACAGAAAAGCAGAAUUUCCAAGUAGUGGCAGUAAUUCAGUGCUAAAUACCCCUCCUACUACACCUGAAUCGCCUUCAUCAGUCACUGUAACAGAAGGCAGCCGGCAGCAGUCUUCUGUAACAGUAUCAGAACCACUGGCUCCAAACCAAGAAGAGGUUCGAAGUAUCAAGAGUGAAACUGAUAGCACAAUUGAGGUGGAUAGUGUUGCUGGGGAGCUCCAAGACCUCCAGUCUGAAGGGAAUAGCUCGCCAGCAGGUUUUGAUGCCAGUGUGAGCUCAAGCAGUAGUAAUCAGCCAGAACCAGAACAUCCUGAAAAAGCCUCUACAGGUCAGAAAAGAGUGAAAGAUGCUCAGGGAGGAGGAAGUUCAUCAAAAAAGCAGAAAAGAAGCCAUAAAGCAACAGUGGUAAACAACAAAAAGAAGGGAAAAGGCACAAAUAGUAGUGAUAGUGAAGAACUUUCAGCUGGUGAAAGUAUAACUAAGAGUCAGCCAGUCAAAUCAGUUUCCACUGGAAUGAAGUCUCAUAGUACCAAAUCUCCUGCAAGGACGCAGUCUCCAGGAAAAUGUGGAAAGAAUGGUGAUAAGGAUCCUGAUCUCAAGGAACCCAGUAAUCGAUUACCCAAAGUUUACAAAUGGAGUUUUCAGAUGUCGGACCUGGAAAAUAUGACAAGUGCUCAACGCAUCACAAUUCUUCAAGAAAAACUUCAAGAAAUCAGAAAACAUUAUCUGUCAUUAAAAUCUGAAGUAGCUUCCAUUGAUCGGAGGAGAAAGCGUUUAAAGAAGAAAGAGAGAGAAAGUGCUGCUACAUCCUCAUCCUCUUCUUCACCUUCAUCCAGUUCCAUAACAGCUGCUGUUAUGUUAACUUUAGCUGAACCGUCAAUGUCCAGCGCAUCACAAAAUGGAAUGUCAGUUGAGUGCAGGUGACAGCAGGACUUGCUAAAGCACUUUGCACUUAAUGGCUGUUGAGGGCCACUUUUUUUUUUAUACUGCACAGUGGCACAAAAAAAUAUCAGACGAGCACUAUUUUAUAUUUAAAAAUUGUUUCUUGACAAGCUGACUUGGCACUUAAGUGCACUUUUUUAUGAAGAAAAAGUACAAUGAACUGCUUUUCCUCAAGCAAUAAUUGUUUCCAACUUGUCUGGGAAUUGUGUGUCUGGUAACUUGAAGGCCUUCCACUGUGGCAAAUGGAGGCUUUUCACUGCCUGUAGAGACAAUACAGUAAGCAUAGUUAAGGGGUGGGUCAGAACAUGUUAAGAUAACUUACUGUAUAUGUAUUCCCUUGUAUUUUGUUAAAGCUGGAACAUUUGAUAUUUUUCCAUUUAUUUAUGAAAAAAUAUGAACCUAUUUUCAUUUGUACAAGGUAAUUGUUUUUUAAAGCAAGUCACCUUAGGGUGGCUUUAAUUGUAUAAGUCAAGCACAUGUAAUAAAUUCAAAACCUGCAGUUAACAGGAUAUUAGACAUCAGUCCUGGUAACCAAAUAUUAAAGAUUCUCUUUAAAAAAGACUGAACAUGUUUACAGGUUUGAAUUAGGCUAAAAGGUCUUGCAGUGGCUUUUCAUGGCCCUUCAAAUUGGAAUGGAACUACUGUACUUUGCCAUUUUUCUAUAAAUCAGUAUUUUUUUUUAAUUUUGAUAUAAUACAUUGUGUGAAAAAAGAAAAUGGCUAAUAAACUGUAUUAAAUCUUAAACAAUGUAUAAAGAUUGUACUUAGCCAGUUCAAAGUGUAUAUUUAUUCAUAAUGAAUUAUAACAGUUAUAUUUUUGUGUUUUCUUGUAAAUGUUUCUUUUCCCUUAAAUACAGAUAAUUCAUUUGUAUUGCUUAUUUUAUUAUGAGCUACAACAAAAGGACUUCAGGAACAAGUAAUGUAUUAGUAUGGUUCAAGAUUGUUGAUAUGAACUGUCUCAAAAGGAUGGUGGUUAUUUUAAAUAUAAAUAGCUAAUGGGGGUGGUAGGCCUAUAAAAUUAAAUGCCUUGUAUAAAAUCCAAAAUGAAUGCAAAAUUGUUUUCACUUGUAUUGACUUUAUGUUGUAUGAUUCCAAUCUCUGUUCUGUUUGGCACUUGUAUUUAAUUCUUCACCUUUGUAAGACAUUUGUAUAUUGCGGAUGUGUUCAUUCAAGCUAUUUAAUAUCUGGCACUGUUAAUACACAGUACUUUAUUGUACAGACUGUUUUACUGUUUUAAUUGUAGUUCUGUGUACUUUUUUUGGAUGGGGCUGGCAUGUUUUCUUUGUUUUCUGGCAAUACGACGUGAGAAUUUCAAUGCGUUUUGUUGUAGAUGCUAACGUGUCAGAAUCCUUUACAUUCAACUUUUCUAAGAAAAGCAUUUUCAGUCUUGUAGUGUGUGCUUACAGUAACUAAUUUUGUUGAAAAUGGUUUCAAGUUAUUAAAAUUUGUACAGGACUGUAAAGAUUUGUUGACAGCAAAAUGUUGAAGAAAAAAAGCUUAUAGAAUAAAAGCUAUAAAGUAUAUAUUAGGAUCUGCAAACAAUGAAGAAUUAUGUAAUAUAUUGUACAAAUGUAAGCAAAGGCUCUGAAAUAAAAUGCCAUAGUUUGUGAAUCCUUGA